UAAUUGAAUGAAAUCCAAACCUCCUCGUCCAAUUCUCACUCUCAAUCCCAAUUCCCACAAACGCUCUCCUUCUUCCUCUAUCUUUCAAAAUUCCACCAAUACCCUUCUGCCUUUUCCUCUUCUCUCAAAGAAAUUCCAAGAACACCCUUCGCAACCCUCUCCAUGGCGAGCAGCAACAGCAGCAGCAGUAGCAGAGACGAUCCUCUGUCCUUCUCAAAUCCUUCAUCUUCUCCGAUCCCAGUCUCUGAUGCCGCUGAUUCAUUUCUCGCCGAUCAGAAUUCUCAGAUCGGCAGCGCCUCCGGAAGCUUCCAGAACGACGGCUUGCUUUCUGCUGGGGGUGGCGACGGCGGCAGUGAUGUCGAGUUCGGGUUCCUGCGGCCGGAGUUCCGGCAGGGCCCGCUUGUAGGGACGGUGCAGAUCUAUGAGAGGCACGUGUUCCUCUGCUACAAGAAUCCGCAGGUGUGGCCACCGCACGUCGAGGCAGCGGAAUUCGAUCGGCUUCCACGGCUGUUGUCGGCGGCCAUGACUGCAAGGAAGGGCGAGAUGAAGAAGCUGACCCGCUUAACCAUAUGUGAGGAGCAUGAUGGCACCGAGACAUCAAAUGGAGAUGUAUUGAUCUUUCCAAACAUGAUUAGAUACAGGGGAUUGACGCAUUUUGAUGUCGACACAUUUGUGGAAGAAGUGCUCGUGAAAGACACUGAAUGGCGACCUGGAACAUCUGAAACUCUGAAGGGUUCAUAUGUUUUCGUAUGUUCUCAUGGGAGCAGAGAUCGGAGAUGUGGUGUUUGUGGUCCUGCUCUCAUUACGAAAUUCAAAGAAGAGAUAGAUGCAUGUGGCCUGCAAGGUCAAGUGUCUAUCAGCCCCUGCUCACAUAUUGGGGGCCAUAAAUAUGCAGGGAAUGUCAUUAUAUUUGGUCCAAAUCUCGAUGGAGAACUGCCAGGUCAUUGGUAUGGUUAUGUCGCUCCAAAUGAUGUCCCAGUUUUGCUUGAACAACAUAUUGGCAGAGGAGAAAUUGUAGACACACUAUGGAGGGGUCAGAUGGGUUUGUCGGAGGAGGACCAAAAGAAGGCCCUGGACCUCAGAUUUCGACUUAAUGAAGAAACCGAUGCAGAGAAAAGUGCAAAAGAAUUUACCCAAGCAGUUGAGAUUGGAAGCAACGUGAAUGAGACCCAGGCUGAUGUGGUUGGAUGCUGCCAAGGUGCCAGAAACUCUUCUUGUUGCCAGAAUCCAAGUCCAAAGGAAAAAAAUUAAAAGCAAUCAAGUCAAUGGAGAGGGGGUGAAGAGCAACAAAGUAAGAGCAAGCAAUAGUGGCAAAGGGGCUUGCACUCGCAAGGUGUGUGCAAUGCCAACAUGGUUUGAGAGUUGUGAACGGGAGGACACAUAUGUAGCCCUUGCAGUCGUUGGGGCAGUUGUGUCAGACGCCAUAGCUUACAGCUGUUACAGGCAGUUGAGAUAAGAAGUCUUCACCUUCAAAAGCUAUAGUAGGUAAGAUUUUUUUUCUUUCUUUGUUUUUUGUAUGGUGUUCCAUGUAACAUAGGGCCCAUGUAUUCAAAUGGUAGAAUUUGGUUGUCUUUUGUGCGUGGUCUAUAGAAAAUGAAAGAGAAGAAGUCCAAUCUUUCUAGAAAAUAGGUAACUAAGUUACACGACUUGGGUUAUGAUCUUUAUUGCAAUUAAUUCAAAAAUCCCAUCUUUGCUUCU